UCAAAACUAUGGAUGUCUUAUGCAUAUGCUUGAGAUUCUGACAUGCUUUAGGUUUCAAAACACGAGGAUCUUUAACACUGCUGUAGAACCCAAAAAUGAGAGGAUGUGUGACCUCCUUUGUUCAUGGAGAAGCUCAUUUUGGCUCAGUCACAAAUGUACUGUCGCCUUACAGUGCAUUUGUACCAUGAUCGUCACGGUUUAUUUGUAAUUGUGGCUGUAUUCAGGACUUCGCAAUGGAUCUCGUUGAUGUAUGCCGAAGUUCUUUGGUGGCCGCACUAAGUUAUACUUACUUCUUAGCAUUUAUUUGCAAAGGAGCUUCAUUAAUUGAACUUACGAAUUUGAGUUCUCACCAGUAUAUCAUCAGCUAACAAUUAGUGGGGUUGAAAUUUCUAUACCCAUACCAAUCCUUAUAUUUUACUUGAUAUCGCUUAGUCUAUGGUUACUGGGUGUUUAGACGGGGGAGUUUAUGGUGGAUCCUCUUGCUAUAUGCGGAAUUUCUUCAGGGCAUGAAUUUCAGUUUCUAUCAUAGUUCAUGGCGUUUUUGCAAAGGGCUUCCUUCGCUGAACUUCAGAUCUGGAGCUCUCACCUGUAGCUUAGCACCAGUUUAUAUGCAGUGGGUCAAAUCCUUUACUCCCAUCUACAAUCCAUAUCAUAUAGCUCAAUUUUACUUGUCUUUCCGCAGAACCAAGGGUUUUCCGUGGCAGCAUGAUUUGUUUGAAGAUAGUCUUCGAGCUGCAGGGUUAACUGGAGUAGAAAAUGGCACAAAGUUGUAUGUUUCCAACUUGGACUUCGGAGUGACUAAUGAAGACAUAAGGGAACUUUUCUCUGAGAUUGGAGAACUGAAACGAUAUGCUGUUCAUUUUGAUGCAAAUGGUCGCCCAAGUGGUUCAGCUGAAGUGGUGUUUUCUAGAAGAAGUGACGCAUUUCAAGCACUUAAGCGUUAUAAUAAUGUACAACUGGAUGGAAAGCCUAUGAAGAUCGAAAUAAUAGGCGCAAAUUCAGAAAUUCCUGUUUCGGCUCGUGUCAAUGUAGUUGGAGUAAAUGGAAGGAGGACGGUUGUUAUGGCGUCGGGAAUGGGUCGUGGCAGAGGCUCUGCUGCUGUUAUUCGUGGUGCUGGUAGUCAGAGGAGCCGUGGGGGCAUACAGAAUGGCCGUGGCCGUGGUCGUGGUGGUCUGCCGAAUAGAAGUGGCCGUGGCCGUGGCCGUGGCCGAGGUGGUGUUCGUGGUCAGGGGCGUGGCCGAGGGGGGAAGAAACCUGUCAAAGUAUCAGCUGAUGAUCUCGACAAAGAGCUGGAGACCUAUCAUGCGGACGCAAUGCAAACUUGAUAGGAAUUCAUACUUUUAAAACUGGACAUAUAGAUUGUAGUCAGAAGUUGCUAUGUUGGCUGUACAAAAACUUUAAGAUGAUGACUGCUGCAAUUCUGUUCCAUCCUCCUGUUGCUUUUGGAUGGAUAUGCCUUUUUUUUUUUUUUUUUCCUUAUUAUGCUAUGUUAUUGUGGUCGUAGAAUCACUGCUUUGGUAUUUUCAAUUGUUGUUUUAGUUAA